AUGGCCCGUCGUCGUCAAAAGAAAAGAACUCAUCUCCCAGCAGACACCUCUAAAACCUCUGCCACAGGUGUCGGGCAACCUCUCAAUGUCUCGGCAUCCCGCACGCCAAAGACUAUGGUCAUUCGGAUUGGCGCUGGCGAAGUUGGGCCUUCAAUUUCCCAGCUCGUUACUGACGUACGAACAAUGAUGGAGCCACACACUGCGAGCAGGCUGAAGGAGCAAACUACUCCGCCUUUGCUUGUAAUGAACGGCUUUAAUACACCUCAACCGCCGAAGCCUGAUGGUACACCUGGGCGCCCGCCUCCCCACGAAAUGCUCCUUACCAGCAUGUUCCAAUCCCUCUUCCCGCCCAUUUCUGCCCAGCGCACUCCUCUCGCAUCGAUCCGCCGUAUUCUCCUCCUCAACCGCAGACCUGUCUCCGAGGCCGACCCCAAAGAUGGCACCACUUCCGAAUAUGUAAUCGACGUGCGCCAUUAUAUCAUCAACACCAAACCUGUUGGAGUCUCACGUCCAAUCCGGCGCAUCAAUGCCGCUGAGCGAGCCUUGCGUGCAAAAUCCACCGGCGAGAAGGGCAGUAAGCGUAGUGCAUUGCCGAAUUUGAGUGGGCUCGAAGAUAUUGCAGAUUACAUGCUCGACCCAGGUGCGGGUGGAUACACAUCUGAGUCUGAGGUUGAGGAGGAUGCUGAGGUUGAAGUUCUUCCUGGGAAUAGUCGCCACACUGUUAAAAAGAAGAGAGCCCCGAAGGGGCCGCAGAAGAGGGCUGUUAAGCUGUCUGAGAUUGGGCCGAGAAUGAGAUUAGAGAUGGUGAAAAUAGAGGAAGGUUUGGCAGAAGGAAAGGUUCUCUGGCAUGCCUACGAGACGAAGACGAAGCAGGAAGAACGGGAGUUGGAGGAGAGGCAUAAGAUCAAAAAGGCAGAGCGCGAUCAAAGGAGGGCAAUUCAGCAGGAAAAUGUUAAGAGAAAGAAGGCAGAAAAGGAAGCGCUUAAAGGAAAGAAACGAGCGGAGGGUAAAGAAGGAGGGGAAGAAGUUGAUAAUGAUGACGAUGACGAUGAUGAUGAGCCAGAGAUGUGGGACGACGAUGAUUUCGAGGACGAGGAUGAAGGCGAAAAUGAAGAGGAUGUAGAGAUGGAAGAUGAAUAG